AUGGCUGCUAAGAUCCUCAGCACCAUCCUCGCUCUCGGCGCUGCCGCCGGCGUUAACGCCCUGGUCCUCGGCGGGGGUAACAACCAUGGUAAUGAUAACAUGACGGCUGAGGCUAAGACUGUCUUGGUCGACGGCGGCCCUGGUAGUGAUGUGGCUACUCCCGGUGGUGGGGAUAUAGAGGGGGGGUUUGUUGAUCAUUGUCUCCUCUUCCUAAUCGGCACCCACGGCGAGAUAGCCGGCCGCCUAAUCGGCGACUGUGGCGACCACAUCGACGAGCAGACGCACAAUGUCUGGCUGGGCUUGAACCAGUGCCUGGGCUUGAGCGAUGGGGAUGCUGUUGUUUGGAGGAAGGACGGCAACCUCUUCGAUUCCUCGUGUACCUGCACAGCCCGCCACUGGAAUACACAGGUUAUUGAGUGUUCUUGCCCUAAUAGAAAUGGCAUGGGCACUGUUUCGUCGUCUUUGGACUUGAACGAGGGCAUCAGCUACAACAUGGACUUCCAUGCCCUGUCGUGCUUUGGCUAUAUCGGCUCGAUCAGCGAGUGA